CAUCUAUUAUUUAUUCUUACUGAGAUUGAUAUGCUACUGAUCAGAUACUUGCUUUCGCUGCUCUGUGUAUAUUGUUAUGAUUAUGCUGAACGAGGGUUAGCGUGAACACAUUGGAUCGGCCUCAGUUCCCACCGACCGCCGAAGGCAGCAUACCUAGUUCGCGACGACAUGUCAUAAGCCAAUGUGCCCGCUUCGAGCUUCAAAAGCUUUCAGCCUUUGGCAUUGCACUAUGCGGAAGUCUUUUUCUACCUUACAAAGUACUAUGAAAGCCUCGUCGUGCUACCACAGAUCAUAGAUUUCCUGUGCUAUACCUUAUAGCUCCGCCUCAACGUUUAUCUCGCCGCAAUGUCUCUUACACUUAAGAUAACAUCGUUGUUCGUGCGGACAGCCGCGAAGCCAAUGGCUAAUGCCAUUAAGCGCAAUGCUCACGAACAUGAGAGGUUUCGCAGACUGUGUAUUAAGUUCGCCCAAGGACUUCAUCGGAUCGACAUGCGCAUGCGACUCGGCCUUCUACAGGAUCCUGCUGUGAUCGACAGGCAGAUAGCAAAAGAGGUUGCGGCAGCGGAGGCAGCUCGUAAGAAGGCACAGGCGCCUACUGUCAAAACCGAAGCGGAGAUGGAAGCAGAAGAGGCCAUGACGGAGAAGGAGAAGGAAGCAGCAAGGAAGAAAGUAGAAGCUUCUCACAGACCACGUAUUCGGCCACUUUCCGAAGCAAAAGCGAUUGAAACGGGAGCCAACUUCGUGGCUGAGACAUUCAUUUUCGCUGUGGGCAUUAGUGUGAUUGUGUUUGAGCAAUGGCGCCAGAGACGCAAGGCGAAAAACGCGCGAGACGAUAUCAGGGAAGAUUUAGAAGAGCUACAGCAGGAGUUCAAGAAAGUCAAGGCCGAGCUUGAUGACUUGAAGGCAAAACAAUCGUCGACCUCAAGCCUGGAGUCAGCAGGCGGGAAACUUCUAGGUUUCUGGAAAUCAAAACCAGAAAACCAAACUUCGGACGAUAAGAAUCAAGAAAAACAAAAGGAGGAAUUACAGGAGGGGAAAACUCAACCGCACCUCCAGCCAUCAUCCAUUCCUACGGAAGCAACACAAGCCUUAGACCCGCAUCAAGUGACUCCGGACACCAAGAAAGAGUAGAACUGGGAAAAAAAAAACCAUUCCGCAAAUCUCCAUGACCGCAUCAUCUAACACCUUCCGCGAUACCCGUUUGGAUCACAGGUAGACCAAUGUCUUUAUGAAUCUCCACCAGUGUAUAUAGAUCUUGUUUUCUUCUCCGGAUGCAUUAGCAUGUAAAAAUAUCAUGUAUGAAUAGUACAAUGUCUCAUGACGACUCUCUCCUGAUUUAUUUUGUCUCUUCACUGCUCUUCCGCAUCGGAUCCAACUUCCACAAUCACGUGUGAAUCAGAGAUUCGAGUAACGCCAGGGCGUGCCUUCCUCAAUUGGCGGCGUGGAUCGUGAAAGAAGCUCUCAAAGUUCACUCCUACGCAUGAGACUUC